AUGUCGCAAGAAGAGCAGCAAGUAGGUCCUUCUCAGGGCUUAGAGAACCCACAGGAUGAAUUUAUCCAGUUCAAUGAAGUGGAUCAGGAAAUAGUGGCUGAUGAUGAUGAAGAGCCCAUGGAUGAAGACGAUGAUGACGAAGAAAUGGGAGAAGGUGAAGGUGCUGAAGAAAUUGAUGAGUCUAUACAAAUUGAUUUGAGUAACAAUUCAGUGACCUAUUUCGAUAAACAUACGGAUUCUGUAUUCACAAUUUUCCAACAUCCAACACUACCGUUGGUAUGCUCUGGCGGUGGUGACAAUAUGGCUCACCUUUGGACCGUUCAUUCUCAACCACCUAAAUUCGCAGGAACUUUAGAAGGCCACACAGAAUCUGUCAUUGCAGGUGGAUUCACUAGUGAUGGUAAAUUCUUAGUUACUGCUGAUAUGACGGGUAAAGUCAUUGUAAAUGCAUCUCAGAAGGGUGGUUCUCGCUGGAAUAAGAGUGCAGAACUACAGGAAGUGGAAGAAAUCGUGUGGUUAAAAUGCCACCCAACUAUUCCAGGUAUAUUUGCCUUCGGUGCUACCGAUGGAUCAGUCUGGUGUUAUCAGAUAGAUGCACAGAGUGGGUCUGUCGAGCAACUAAUGAGUGGAUUCGCGCACCAAGAAGAUUGUACCGCUGGUGAGUUCGUUAAUGUUACUCAAGGUGAAAACGUCUUACAAUUGGUUACUACUGCAACGGACGGUAGUAUCGUUGGCUGGAACGGGUUCACCGCUCAACAACUGUUCAAAAUCUCCAAAGACGAAUUGAAAGGUCUAGAAGCUCCCUGGGUUACAGUAUCAAGAGCUCCCGAGACCGGUAAUGCAGCUCUAGUUGUAUGUGGAUCUAACAAUGGUGUUCUUGCCGUGAUCAAUGCUAAUAACGGCUCCGUGCUACAUCUUUCCGCGGUGAUGGAAUUACAACCAGGGGACGAUGAUAUCAUUGCAUCUAUUGAAGCUAUUUCAUGGUCGCCGAAAUUACCGCUAAUGGCAGUGGGACUUGUAUCCGGAGACGUAUUGAUUUACGAUACAACCACUUGGAGAGUGAGACAUAAGAUCACUUUGGAAGAUUCCGUUACAAAAAUAUUAAUCGAUGAUGAAAAUAUGUUUGUCUCCUGCAUCAAUGGUAAGGUUCAUGAAUUCGACGUUAGAUCAGGCCAAGAGAAAUUCGUCUGUUUAGGACAUAACAUGGGUGUUCUUGAUUUCGUGUUGUAUAAGAGAGAAGGUGCACCUACAAGACUAAUUACAGCUGGUGACGAAGGUGUAUCUCUGAUCUUUGAAGUUCCAAAUUAA